AUGCACAGCGAGGCUUUUAUAUAUAGUGGUAGAUUCAAAUCACCAAGAGGUAUAAAUGAUGCAAGUUAUUUAAAUCCACCACGACAAAUUUGGGUCCCAGUAUCACUUUUCGAUAAUAUUAAUAAUGGCGAUGGUGAUUCUGAUUAUGUAUGGAGAAUGAAAAUGUAUCAAAAUAGAUAUCAGAAUGAAGUUUCUUUGUUUCUAGAAGCUAUUCAAACAUCUUUUGAAAAACAAAAUUAUCUUCUUCAAAACAAUGUUAAUAAUGGUGUUGGUAAUGUUGGUCGGAAAAGGAUAAAGAUUGAAGAGGAUGUCAAUAUAUUUAUUAGAGUUCAUAAUUGUGACGUUGUUAAUAAGAAUAUUGAUUUUACAAGUAAUGAUUCUAAUUCUUGUCAUACAUCAUCAUCUCCUUCACCUUACACUUCCAGUCCGCCUAAUAUAAAAAAAAUUAAAGCUCACAAAGUCUUACUUUCACAACGAUCAGAAUAUUUUGAUAGAAUGUUCAAAGUGGUUAUAAAGAAUCUACAAUGA